UGAGAUUAAAGUCAGAAUUCUGACUUUAAUCUCAGAAUUUUGAGGUGGGCACCUGCAGGCAUCCAUCUUCAGUGACAGGGAUGUGUCCAGGUGUGCAGGUGGAGACCUAAUUCACUAAACAUGGUGGAUAUAAGUGAUUUUUUGCGUGGCCGAGGGGUCCCCGAAGAUGCUGUUUUAUUAAUGGAAGAGCAGAAGAUUGACUGUGACGUCAUAGCACUGAUGGAUGACGCAACUUUGGCAAACUACAUUCCCUCGUACGGAGACCGAAUUGCCCUCUUCAAUUUCUGCAAAAGCAAGCAACCACUGUCAAAAAGAAAACUAGGACUUCUGCAAAAACUUCGUGAGAAAAUGAAAACCAGAAAAGAAAGUCCAAAGGAGAACACCUCACAUACAGAUGCAGGAAUAAGACAGACAAAGAAGCAAAAAGCAACACGAAAUGUUGAGAUAGGAUGGAUACAUAGUGAUGGAAAAGUAGCCAAACAGGUGAGAGCGAAGCAGGGAGGUGGCACUAGAAAAAUUCAAAUGGCCACUGAUGCUGGAUUAAAAGAUAUUCUUCAAGAAGGAAAGAAACUUUUUUUUCCUGAUGGCAUAUCUCCUAAGGGAUGUGAAACAGAUUUUGAGUUUGAGGUUUGGGACUUUAAACAGAACCACCUUACUGAUGAUACCUGCCAGUCUAUUGGCAAUAUGUAUGAGGCAGCGAGACUGACAAUGUUACGCUUCUACAUCGCAACAAAACCAAAAGAUCCUGAAGAAGAUGCCAGCGAGACAUCUGAAGUGGUGUUUGUCUCAGAAAGCAGUGGCAGUGAUAGUAAUCCAUUGCAAGUGGGGGAAGUCAGGGGUAAUUUUGAUGAAGUCAUCACUGGUUCAGAAAUUUCAGAUGAUCCAGAAAUAACUUUUGGGCCAAUUUUUGAUGCUGAAGAAGAUACAGAAGACACAUUAGUCUAUGAGGGUUUUCUUGUACCCCUCAGUCCACCUAAUUCAGAGAACGUAAUAACAAUCACCAUACGUCAUACUGACACUUUACGUGACAUGAUUACUGCUUUCUCUGAUGCAGAGAUUUUGAGAAAAACACUGAAUGUGAAGCGCAUACUUCCAGACAACACAGAAGAACCAGGCACUGGAUCAGGAAUACUAAGAGAUGUACUCACAUGCUUCUGGCAUGAAUUUUAUGAGCGAUGCACCCUAGGUGCAACAGUUAAAGUGCCAUUCAUUCGCCAUGAUUUUCCUGCUGAAAAAUGGAAGGCAGUUGGGCGAAUACUCUUGAAAGGUUAUGAAGAAUGUCAGUAUUUUCCAAAUAAACUUGCAAUCCCUUUUCUGGAGCAAGUGCUUUUCAAUGGUGUUUACAGUGAUCUUAAAGCACACUUUCUACAGUUUGUCAGCAGCCAAGAAUGUGAUGUUUUGAUGGAAGCAGUAAAAAAUUUCUCUGCAGUUGACUUGGAUGAUCUUGUGGAAGUUCUUGACAGCUAUGGCUGUAGAAAAAGAAUCACUGCUGAGACUCUUCCUACAAUCCUUGAUGAAAUAGCACACAAAGAACUUGUCCAAAAACCAAUGUUUGUUAUUGACUGCUGGAGGGAGAUCAUCAACCCCCAUAUCUCCCUCAGUCCGGAGGCACUGACCAAGUUAUUCUCUGAACUGCAACCAACUUCAAAAAAAGUGUGCCAGCUCCUGAAAUUUGCUGUGGAUUUGACUCCACAACAAAAAGAAGUGAAAAAUCAUCUCAAAAGAUUCAUCAGAGAGUUGGAUAACAUUAAACUUCAGAAAUUUAUGCGUUUCUGCACCGGAUCUGACCUUAUAGUAACAAACAGUAUUUAUGUGGAAUUUCAAGAUAUGACAGAGUUUACAAGAAGACCAGUCGGACACACGUGUGGGAAUGUUCUGCAGCUAGCUAACAGCUAUGAAAACUUCCCAGAUUUCCGUUCUGAAUUUAAUGCAGUUCUUGAAAGUAAUGUCUGGGUGAUGGACAUUGUUUAGACUCUCACAGCAAUGCGCUACAUUUGAACUGCUCAUUCACACUAGAGCAUAACUGUAAAGAGAUGUUAGGAAUAUGUAUUUUUAUGUAUUUUGAACUUAUACAGUAUACU